AUGAAAGCUAUACAAUCAUGGUUGCCUUUUGCGGAGCGUCAAAGUUCGCCCACGCACGAAUUUCCUCCACUUCACCGCACCUGCCUGAAGGACGCACCCACUUCCCCCACCUCUGCACCCCCUUGCUACCUGUCGGUGUAUCGGAGUCGAGAGGUGGGGCAAUCAUACAUCACCUCAGUGGCCACCACCAUUAUCGCCACGCUGCACGCCAUGCUGCUGGUGGCGCGUGUCAGACCCCAAUUGCUGCUUUGCAACGGGCCCGGCACAUGCCUGCCAAUCUGCAUCGCUGUCUUCACAUUGCACGUAUUGGGCGUGCAGAGUAGCAGCAUCGUAUUUGUGGAGAGUGUGGCGCGCGUGCACCAUCUGUCACUCACAGGCCGCCUGCUGCAUCGCGUGGGCAUCGUGGACUGGUUCUUCGUGCAGUGGCCGCAUCUCACUGCCAUGUGCAAGGGCACCCACUAUGUGGGCCACCUCAUGUGA